AUGUCUGUGUCCAAUGACACCAAGGUCCACCCCUCCUCCUUCCUGCUGCUGGGAAUCCCAGGACUAGAAAACAUCCACAUCUGGAUUGGCUUUCCCUUUUGUGUUGUGUAUCUGAUUGCACUCCUAGGAAACUUCACCAUCUUGUUUGUCAUCCAGACUGAGCACAGCCUCCACCAGCCCAUGUUCUACUUCUUGGCUAUGCUGGCUACCAUUGACCUGGAACUGUCCACAGUCACUGGCGCUAAGAUGCUGGGCAUAUUCUGGUUCAGCUUCAGGGAGAUAAUUUUUGGUGGCUGCCUCACUCAGAUGUUUUUCAUUCACAUCUUUACUGGCAUGGAGUCGGUAGUCCUUCCUGCCAUGGCUUAUGACCAUUACAUAGCUAUCUGUAAUCCUCUCCAUUAUCACACAAUCCUUACUAACAAGGUAGUAGCUCUCUUUGGUUUUGGGGUGGUGGGGAGAUCUUUCCUCUGUGUAUUCCCCUGUGUCUUCCUCAUCUUGCGAUUGCCCUUCUAUGGACACCGAAUCAUCCCCCACACAUAUUGUGAGCACAUGGGUCUUGCUCGUCUGGCCUGUGCAAGUAUCAAAGUCAACAUCAUAUCUGGUCUGGGGGCCAUAGCUAUCCUCUGUUUUGACAUCAUGGCCAUUGCCCUGUCCUAUGUCCAAAUUCUCCAUGCUGUUUUCCAUCUCCCCUCUCCUGAAGCCAGGCUCAAGUCUCUCAGCACCUGUGGUUCUCAUGUCUGUGUAAUUUUGACCUUUUACACCCCAGCUCUCUUCUCAUUUAUGACACACCGCUUUGGCCAAAAUGUUCCCCACUACAUCCAUAUCCUUCUAGCCAAUCUGUAUGUAGUGAUUCCCCCAGUGUUCAACCCUGUCAUUUCUGGAGUUAGGACUAAGCAGAUCUAUGAAAGGGUGCUCAGAAUAUUCAUUUAG